AUGAGAUUUGGAGGGCCUGAGGUAGGUUGGUCCCGAAGGGUUCUGUCGUUUGGGGACCGGUUGGGAGGUGACCCUCGUGUCCUUGUGCCUCGUGCCCCGUUGUCGGACGUUCUUGCCGCCGAUCGUUCCUUCUGGCCGAUCCGGAUGUCGUCGACUGGCGUGAGAGUGUCGUGCCAAGGGAGGUCGGAAUGUAGUCGGAUUCGUCUGUCUCCUCUAGGCCGAUCACGUCGUACCUCCUAG